AUGAUCUUAUUUAAUAAGUUUUAUUUUNAUUUAGAAUAAUAAGUGGAAGAACAAAAAACUAGAGAUUAAAGUGAUUAUGAAGAGUAAUUAAUUAAAUUAGAAGCGGAGAUUAGAUAACAUAUAAGAGUAUCAUUAUAAAUUUAACUAGAUUGAAUAAUAAUUGAAAUUAUUUGCAGAAAAUACUCAAUCUAAAUUAGAAGAUGCUUUAAAAAUUAAAGAAGAAUUAGAGGAAGAAUUAUAAGCUAUUAAAAGCGAUUUCCAAAUAUUAUAUGAUAAAAACAAUUCUUUGAAUUAAAAGUUAAGAAAUUAAGAGAAAGAAAUUUAAAUUAUUAAAAAUAAUACAACUGAGAUUAACAAUUAAUCUCUUAAAUCAAACAAUCAAAAAGUUUAAUCUAAAAAGGAUAAUAUUGAAAAUGAACCCCCAAAAUAAUAAUCAAUAACAAUUAAUUUAUAAAUAGAUAAAUAAAAGCCUCCACUUUAAGACUAUGUAUAUUAUAUAAUUCAAUUAGCAGUAAGAUAGAUUAUAAACUGAUCCAUAAGAUGAUUAUUUUAAACCUAGAAAUGAUUCUCAAAAAAGAAUGAUGAUUUCAACACAUAUUAAUAAUACUUAAAAUAACAAAUCAAGUUAUUUAGCAACUAGAAUAUAAACAGAAUCAUAUGAAUAUUAAGAAAGAAAAAGAAAACAUAAUUCAUCUCAUUAUGAGACAUCAAAUGCUACAAAACAUUAAAGAAAUAAAACAGCUUAAAAUGUAUUGAAUUUGAUAAGUACCAAUUAUUCUAAUUAUAGAAGAUUAAGAACUCAAGCGAUAAUAAUCAGUGAAAGCAUGUUAAGAAAAAAAUCAAAAUAAUUAAAAUAAAGUAACAAAAAAGCCCUCAACUUCUUAACAUGCAGAACCUAAUAGAUCAAAUAAUUCUGUUCAUAGUUUUCGUAAAUAACCACCUGAAGUGAGUCAAAUUCCUAGACCUUUUUCAUGUGCUGAAUAAAUUGAAGAAUCACAUCAUUCUGUAAAUUUUUAUGUCAAAUAUUUUAGUUUCACAAAGAUUUAAGUAUGGACAUGGGCAAUUAUUAAAAAUAAAAUGGAGAUUACUAAGAAAAUUAAUAAUAAAUAAAAAAAAUAUUGCAAUAAUAUCAAUAAAAACAUUCUCUAAAUGACACUUUAACUAAAAAAUUACUUUAAGAAUAUAAAAAAAGAUAAGGUUUUAAUUGUAAGACAAUUUAUUGA